GCGCCGUCGGUCGCAGGACGGCCCGCCCCCUCAGAAUCUUACAUUUACUGUGUAGCAAAAAAGAAAGUAACUAUGUUGCUGCUGGAGAUCAAUGAAGCCGAGUGAAUGGGGGCUGAAGGCGCCAGUCGGUAGCUGAAGCCGAGCGCCAGAGGGGAGAGGGCUACACUUAUUGAUGAAACUAUCUUGAGUUCUUCUUGAAUUGCCAGUUUUCAGCCUCCUCAUGCCUCCGUCUCCUUUAGACGACAGGGUAGUAGUGGCACUGUCUAGGCCCGUCCGACCUCAGGAUCUCAACCUUUGUUUAGACUCUAGCUACCUUGGCUCUGCCAUUCCGGGCAGUAACAGCCACCCUCCUGUCAUUGCCACCACCGUUGUGUCCCUCAAGGCUGCGAAUCUGACGUAUAUGCCCUCAUCCAGCGGCUCUGCCCGCUCCCUGAAUUGUGGAUGCAGCAGUGCCAGCUGCUGCACUGUGGCAACCUACGACAAGGACAAUCAGGCCCAAACCCAAGCCAUCGCCUCAGGCACUGCCACCACCGCCAUCGGAACCUCUACCACCUGCCCUGUUAACCAGAUGGUCAGCAACAAUGAGAAUACAGGCUGUUUAAGUCCAUCAGGUGGGGUGGGCAGUCCUGUGUCAGGGACCCCCAAACAGCUAGCCAGCAUCAAAAUAAUCUACCCUAAUGACUUGGCAAAGAAGAUGACCAAAUGCAGCAAGAGUCACCUGCCGAGCCAGGGCCCUGUCAUCAUUGACUGCAGGCCCUUCAUGGAGUACAACAAGAGUCACAUCCAAGGAGCUGUCCACAUUAACUGUGCCGAUAAGAUCAGCCGGCGAAGACUGCAGCAGGGCAAGAUCACGGUUCUAGACUUGAUCUCCUGUAGAGAAGGCAAGGACUCCUUCAAGAGGAUCUUUUCCAAAGAAAUUAUAGUUUAUGAUGAGAAUACCAAUGAGCCAAGCCGAGUGAUGCCCUCCCAGCCACUUCAUAUAGUCCUCGAGUCCCUGAAGAGAGAAGGCAAGGAACCUCUGGUGUUGAAAGGUGGACUCAGUAGUUUUAAGCAGAACCACGAGAACCUCUGUGACAACUCCCUCCAGCUCCAGGAAUGCCGGGAGGUGGGGGGCGGCGCGUCUGCGGCCUCCAGCGUGCUACCUCAGUCCCUCCCCUCCACCCCCGACAUCGAGAACGCAGAGCUCACGCCCAUCCUGCCCUUCCUCUUCCUCGGCAACGAGCAGGACGCUCAGGACCUGGACACCAUGCAGCGGCUGAACAUCGGCUAUGUCAUGAACGUCACCACUCACCUUCCCCUCUACCAUUACGAGAAAGGCCUCUUCAACUACAAGCGGCUGCCGGCCACCGACAGCAACAAGCAGAACCUGCGGCAGUACUUUGAAGAGGCUUUUGAGUUCAUUGAGGAAGCUCACCAGUGUGGCAAAGGACUUCUCAUCCACUGCCAGGCUGGGGUGUCUCGCUCUGCCACCAUCGUCAUCGCUUACUUGAUGAAGCACACUCGGAUGACCAUGACUGACGCUUAUAAAUUUGUCAAAGGCAAACGACCAAUUAUUUCCCCAAACCUUAACUUCAUGGGGCAGUUGCUGGAGUUUGAGGAAGAUCUGAACAACGGUGUGACACCGCGAAUCCUUACACCAAAGCUAAUGGGCGUGGAGACGGUUGUGUGACGGGGUUGGAUGGAUGCUCUUCCUUAGGAGAGGAAGAGAAUGGAUUCUUUUUUUGUUUUUUAAUUUAGUUGGGGAUAAAGUUUGUGAAUGAAAACAAAUGACUUGUUUAAAGACUUUUUAUUUUUAACAAGUGUGAGAAGACUAGAACUUUUGAUGCCCUGGAGACUAAAAGUAGGGAGGCUUCCGAGGUCAUUUUUUUAAAGCCAACAAUAAAAAUAUGAGAAAAAUUGUUCCCUCCCUUUCCUUUUAAGCUAUUUGUAGAGUUUAUGACUAAAUAGUCUGUGCAGGCUCAUAGACCUAAGAUACUAUACUUUAAA